AUGCCUGCUGCCAUGGGCAUUCACUCCAUCAUGGCCCUCACCAGCGCACUCAUCUUCGACGACACCCUCUACGCCACCGAAGCCCUGGCUCUCCCUGCCCGCCCGAGCGAGGACGAGGCCGAUGCCGAGCGAACCUUGCUUGCCGCCGGAACGGGCAUCCAGGACCCUGGCCGAGAUUUGUGCCCACCACAGUAUAUCUCGCGCGCCCUGUCGACCAUGACUGCGGAUAGUGAUCGUGCCUCGUCCAUGUCGCUUCACUCGCAGGAAACAGAGUCGACCAGUCUCACCUCGGCUGCCUCUCGCGCCUCGAGAGAUCAUGUCUACUCCUCCUUUGCCUAUUCCUUCUCCAAGGACAGGUCGCCUGCCCGCCUAGUCCCACCGAGACUCGCGCGAGCUUCGCUUUCGGCCGUGCAGCCAGGUCCAACAGCCACGCACCACCACCAACAUCAUCAUCAGCAGCAGCAGCAGCAGCAGCAGCAGCAGCAGCAUUAUUAUCAUGAAGCCACAUCCAGACCCAAGUCGGCACAUGCAAAGUCCCCCUCAUCCGUCACCCAAUCUGCCCUGUCCAGCACCUCUUCCUUCCUUCAACACCAACAACAGCAGCCACGAAGAAAGCGAGCGUCUCACUUGUUUUCCUUCUUCAGAAAACACUCGAGCGCCUGCUCGUCUCGGUCGCACCAUGGACACCACAACAGCAAAUCUCAAGCGAUCAAACUGGACUGUGGUCACACGCUGUCCACACUGGCCAUUCAAGUGCACGUCCAAGAAGCACUGGCCAAGGGAAAGGAAACUGUCCCGAAUUGCUGCGGUAUAGCCCUUCCACAUACGCUCUUGCACGCCAUCGUCUCCAAACCAGGAGCGGAUCUUCCCGUUGGCGGCCGUGGACUUCCGUCGCCUGAUUUGGGUUCCCUACCUGACUCUGCGUACGGCGAGAACAGCAUUUCCUCGAUUGACUUACCCCGCUCCUCCGAGUGUUCGCCCUCACCUGUGACAACCCCAGUCGCCCCCAAUGCGGGCCCUCGGCGGACGAGGCAUCAAGAAAUCAAGGUGGAUUCUGCUCUUGCAAACGAAGCCUCUGCCAACUUCAAAGCAGAGCAAAAGGAGCAAUUUGAGCGUGUUGCCAUGUUUGAGUGCAGCCAAUGGAAAGCAUUAGCUGCACACCAUCAGAGUACCCUACAGCAAUUGACAGCCCAACACGAGGCCAGCAGAAAGGAGCGCAUAGAACAGCACGCACAAGACCUUGAGCAUCUCGAGGAACGGCAAAUCGGCGCAGAACACGACCUCCGUCAAGCACACGAACAAGAAACGCAAAACGUAGCCACCGCGCUCAAGCACAUGUACGCCUACUGUCUCGGCACCAAUGCAACCCACCCCGACCACCCGCACGUUGUUUCCGAAGAAGACUUUAAGAAACUCGACCACCAACGCCUCCUCCAAGCCAACCUGCCACGCAAACACGAAAACGCGAUCAACGUGCUGCGCGCCCGCCAAGAGCGGGAAAUGCAGCGCCGAAUCGAAAAGCAAGAGGCCGAGCUCGACGCACUCGACGCCGCGCACCAACGGGAGACGAUGGCCGAGCAGAAAAGGCAAAAGGAGGAACUAGAGCGCCUACACGCCGUCAUCGACGCCCGCCGCAAACGCCUCCUCCAGCGCUGGGACCUCCGCUUCGAAGUGUGGAAGCGCGACUACGAGGCCCAGCAUGCUACCACGCUGACGCACAAGUGGGAGCACGAGCCCUGGCCCGCGCGCAAGGCGGAUCAUGUGCUGCAUGUGCCCGAGACGAGUGUGCUGGCGCGCUAUCUCAAGGCUGAGGCGUGA